GUUAUCGAGCAGCCGGCGGCGACCAGGUCCGCGUGGCUGUCGCGCAGCGCGCCAAGCCAAAAGGUAACCGCCGCCGGGCCUGCCCACAGCCUAGCAGAGCCUAGCAGAGGCAGCGCGGCCCCGAAGCGCCUUCGGUUCUAAAGAUCCUCACUUCUGGGAAAGGACAGGGAACUGUCAAUCAACGAGGGAGGGAGCGCACCGGCGCCGGGUGAUGUCAGCGGAUCAGCUGCUCCAUAACAAAGAGGGGGUAUCACAGGAGAAAGUUGCAGCAGCGGCUGCACCCCGGAGUCUCGAGGACCGGGGACGAAGGGAGGAGGGACGGCGGCUGCCGCAGCCGCGGCAGGCCGAGGAAUUGAAAGGACUGUAGGGGGAGGCAUCACGAUCCGCCCCGACUGCUCCUCCUCUUCCUCCCCCUCCUACUCCUCCUCCUCCUCCAAACUCGCAGGGCUUAGCCCCAGCGCUCUCUCAGCUGCCGCGAGCACCCGGAGGGACGGGAACCGGCCGCACGGCCCGCUGCUGGGCAGGGUCGCAGCCGCCAUGGAUAGCGACGACGAGAUGGUGGAGGAAGCCGUGGAAGGACACCUGGAUGAUGAUGGAUUACCACAUGGAUUCUGUACUGUCACCUACUCCUCCACAGACAGAUUUGAGGGCAACUUUGUGCAUGGAGAAAAGAAUGGACGUGGGAAGUUCUUCUUCUUUGAUGGCAGCACCCUGGAAGGAUAUUAUGUGGAUGAUGCCUUGCAGGGCCAGGGUGUUUACACCUAUGAGGAUGGAGGUGUUCUCCAAGGCACAUAUGUGGAUGGUGAGCUGAAUGGACCUGCCCAGGAAUAUGACACCGACGGGAGGCUGAUCUUCAAGGGGCAAUACAAAGACAACAUUCGACAUGGAGUGUGUUGGAUCCAUUACCCAGAUGGAGGCAGCCUAGUCGGGGAAGUCAAUGAAGAUGGGGAGAUGACUGGAGAGAAGAUAGCCUAUGUCUACCCUGAUCAGAGGACUGCGCUCUAUGGAAAAUUUAUUGAUGGAGAGAUGAUUGAAGGGAAACUGGCCACCCUCAUGGCCACCGAAGAAGGGAGGCCACACUUUGAACUGACAUCUGGAAGUUCCGUGUACCACUUUGAUAAAUCGACUUCCUCCUGCAUCUCUAGUGAUGCCCUCCUUCCAGAUCCUUAUGAGUCCGAGAGGGUUUAUGUUGCCGACUCUCUCAUCUCCAGUGCUGGAGAAGGACUAUUUUCCAAGGUAGCAGUGGGACCCAAUACUGUUAUGUCUUUUUAUAAUGGAGUCCGAAUUACACACCAAGAGGUUGACAGCAGAGACUGGGCCCUGAAUGGGAACACUCUCUCCCUUGAUGAGGAGACAGUCAUUGAUGUGCCUGAGCCCUAUAACCACGUAUCCAAGUACUGUGCCUCACUGGGACACAAGGCGAAUCACUCCUUCACUCCAAACUGCAUCUAUGACAUGUUUGUCCACCCUCGCUUUGGGCCUAUCAAGUGCAUCCGCACCCUGAGAGCCGUGGAAGCUGAGGAAGAGCUGACCGUUGCCUAUGGCUAUGACCACAGCCCACCAGGGAAGAGCGGGCCCGAAGCCCCUGAAUGGUACCAGGUGGAGCUGAAGGCCUUCCAGGCCACCCAGCAAAAGUGAGAGACCUGGCCCUGGGGUCUGGAGACCUGGAAUAGAAACUUGGAUCUAUGCACUACAUUUAUCUGACAACGGGACAACCAGGGACUGUUCAUGCUGUGACAUCACAUCCUCUCACCCCGCGUUAGCAACGACUUUCUCGCAUACUAACUAGGUUUGACUGUAUUACUCAUAUCAGAUUUAAAAUUAGCUAGCCUUGCAGCAACGCCCUACUGAGAGGUACUGUCAAACUGUAGACAGCAUGAUGUUCUUUGAUGGUUGCAGUCUAAAUCUGGACCACGUUCAGAGAUACCAAAUGAUUAGGCUGAAAAAGGGAAAUGGGAUUCUUCAGUCAUUUUCCAUCGAUGGUUUUUUUUCCAUGAUGUGUUUUCUAUGGCCAUUGCAAAUGGUGUUCAAUCACCCUUGCAUGUUGCCACCUGCAGGGUUGGAAGCGAUUACAUCUUUAUAUAAAUGUAGGGUCAUUUGCCUUUUAACCUUUGAUCUGUAUCUUGCGAUAGAAUGGCUUUGUUUUUGUUGUUACUCUUCUAGUGAACCGAAGCCCAGUCCUUUGAGUCUUUUCUCUAGCCUCACUCCCUAUCUUAGCUAUCCUUUACAAGAGAAAGCUUCCAAACGGAUUUUCCAUUCAUAGCAGUGUACAGGUCUCUCUGGUUCUUUCUCUAUCAUUUCAUUCUUAUGUCCUGAUAUAAAGAACUGGCUCAUAGGGCCAGACUGUUAUUAUAGACUUAUUAUUCUCGCAUGUAAACAAAGAUAUCUUUGCUUUCA